AUGCCGCCGAAGAAGAAGCCGAAGCAGUCCCUCUCCAGCGACUUCGAGUCGGCGGAGGCGGCCAUCGCGGGGAAGGGCUGGGAGCGGUCGUUGGGCUGGAAGGUCGUCAAGGCGCGCCCGAGGGCCAGCGACGGUGGCGUGACGUACUACACGCUCAGUUACUGCUGCUACAAGUCGCGGCGGGACCGCAUGGCGAAGAAGUCGCCCACGCGGGAGCUCAUCACGACGUCCAUGGUCCCCGGCUGCCCCGCGCGCUGGCGCACCCACAACGAGGCCAACCUCGCGAUGGCCAAGUACGUCGCCGUCGUCGAGGAGGCGGGGCGGGCCGGGCGCAAGCGGAGCGCCGGCGGCGACGAGGGGGACGUCGAGGUCGGCGGCGGCGGCGACGACGACGUCCCGGACGCGCCCGCGCUCGCGGCGCCCGCGCCCGACGGCGACGGCGGCGGCGUCGAGGACGGCGACGACGACGACCCGGACGUGCCCGCGCUCGCGGCGCCCGCGCCCGAGGGCGACGACGGCGGCGACGACGACGACGAGGAGGAGGAGCUCGCGGAGGACGACUUCACGGGCUGCGGCGGCGACCUCGUGGACUGGACCCCGAAGGUCACGCUGCGCAGGCCGCGCGGCGCGGGCGCCGCGGCCGAGGCCCGGCGCAGGAAGCGCUCGAGCUUGGGCCACCGCACCAUGGACGCGCUCGCGGCGCUCAGGCGCGGCGCCAUGCGGCUCAUCGGCGCGGUCGGCGGCGCCUCGCGCCGCCGUCGCCACCAGUCCGGGCACCGGGGCGACGACGGCCGGGAAGACAACCGGAGAAGAGACGAGGAGAACCGACGGGCGCGCGUCGAGGAGGUCAUAGAGCGCAACGCGAGGCGGUACCAGCCCAUGAUCGACCGCCUCCGCGGCCACCUGACCGCCGAGACCACCUACCACCUCUCCCUCGCCUACGACCCGGAGGACCCGGACUCGCGCCUCAAGAUGUCCGACUCGGAGCUCCGCCGGACGCGGACCAAGGCGGAGCGCGUCGAGCGCUACCUCCGCUACUUGAGGGACUUCAACACCGGCGAGCCAGGUUCCUUCACGGCCCUGGAGUGCGCGCAGAAGGCGGCCGACGAGGCCUACGGCAAGGUCAGCUCGCGGACGGUCAUGGGCUACUUCCGGAACCAGUACCUGCCCUCCGAGGGCUACUUCCUCGCCGACGAGCGCGGCAGCUACCCCCGCGACUCGUGGACGAGCUGCUUCCUGAGCCAGGACGACCUCGUGCUGCGGCUGAACCUCCUCGUCCGCGCGAACCUGCGCACGAUGGUUAGAAAGUAUCAAGGAUGGAACCAAUACAUUUAUGGAAACAACAUGGCUGAAUAUGUAUCAUAA